ACGAAAAUGGCGACUUCCAGGAGAAGCGUGGGGAAUACGAGUGCUCAGUUAGAAGACGAUGAUGCAUUCGUUUAUGUUUUUGAUCGAAGAGACAGCGAUGUACCUGAAAUCAAAAUUCCAACCGGAGGGCUUUUUACUUACGUAGAUUUUAAAGCGCGUGUCCGUGAAGCACUUGGGAUUAAGAAGUCAGAGUCUUUUGUUAUAGCAACGACUAACCGUGAAGAGAUUAAAGAUGAUGAUUCAUGGGAUAUUAUUGACAAAGGAGAUACACUGUACAUAUUGCGAAAUAUUCAGCAGGAGUUAUGUGCCCCUGCACAACAAAGGGUCAGUUAUCUGCCCCAUUACGACACCAUUGUCAAAGGUGGCAUGUAUGAAUAUUACGCCUCAGAGGGACAAAACCCACUUCCCUAUGCAUUUGCUGAGUUGAUUGACAAUGCCUUAGCUGCAACAUCGAACAAUCUGGGAGCACGCUCCAUUGAAAUACGUCUGCACUUUGACGACAGUAACCCCAGUAAGAACUGCGUCUAUGUGAUAGACAAUGGGAAAGGCAUGACGCCACGACAGCUCAACAACUGGGCCAUCUACCGACUCUCCAAAUUCAUCCGCAAGGACAAGCGAGGCAAAGUACUCUCCUGGAGAAGUGUCGGUGAAGAGGAUGAUGAUAAAAAACAGGCUCAGAGUUCAGCAUACACCCCACUCUCCCUCAACAGCGAUAUCUCCUACUUUGGUGUUGGAGGAAAGCAGGCCAUCUUCUUCAUAGGAAACUCAACCAGGAUGAUUACAAAACCCAUUGAGUCAAAGGAUGUACACGAACUUACUAUAUCAAAGGAAGAGUUUCAGAUGAAAGAGAAAAACCAGGAGGCCAUAUACAGUGGUUAUAUCCGGAACAGGAAGCCUGGAGACAGUUCUCACAUAGCUGCGGAGGACGAGAUUCUAGGGAAGGUGAUUGAGGAAGAGAAGGAACGAGAACACUUCACUGUGGUCGAGAUUCACGGCAUCAACCAACAGCAUAUGUCCUAUCUCAAACUACACAUGAAACAGUGGACAAGGCAGCUCGCCCAUAUAUACCAUUACUACAUUCACGGUCCACGGGGAAAUAUCGACGUAGAGGAAGUCAACUCUGGACGAAUACCCAGUCCCUUCAAAAACAUCGACAUUGAGGUGAAGCUAUUUACAAAGGGCCAUCCCCACCCUCGCGUUGUGAAUCUACGGGAUGUGGACGACGACAUGCAGACUCAGUUCCUACGCACCGCAGCCAAUACGUUUGAGUUCAAGGCCAGUGUGGAGGGGUCAGGGGUCGUGGAGGGGGUACUGAGGUAUCACCCCUUCCUGUAUGACCGAGAGACUUAUCCCUCUGACGCCAAUGAUCCCAGAAUUGAACCUGAAGCAUUUGAUGACCAUGACUAUGCCAUCAACGACCGCCCAGCUAGAGGGAGACGCCCCGUGUUUGAGUGUUACUGGAACGGCAGACUCAUCCCCUACACUUUUGUAGAGAAUUUUGACUGGUGUGCCGAGCCGAAGAAGAGUAGGACUUUACCAUUGGAAUGUUACAACAGAAUUUCAGGUGUGUUGUUUACAAAUGACCAUUUCCAGGUGAGCACAAACAAGCUCACUUUCAUCGAUUUGGAAAUGAGGUUACGAGAGAAGAACACGGUGUAUUCACAUCUUGUCAAUGGACAGGAGAAGAGAACGGCAAUAGAUCGUGAGUUUCUGACUUGGAUUAAGGAAUGCCACGAUCAGAGUGACAAACAGAUCCGCUUCUCACAUUUCAAAGGUGUUGUGACCCGCCAUGACUUGCCCAAACACAAACAAUAUCCCUGGUCAGUGUACGAACAAGUGGACUGGGAUGGCAAGGCCUUCAAAAAAGGUCAACUGGUGAGGAUACAACGAACUGUGCCGAUGUUGCUAGGUACCAUCAAACGUUUCCUGCUGUACGGCGAGAAUGAAGGCGACGAAUACGCGACAGGUGGUGACAUUGAGGUCAGUCAGGAGCCGAAGUCUAUGUACGACGAGGAGAAAAUUGUGCCCCUGUCCAAGCUUGAUCGCACCUGUUCCUCGCAGUCUGUCCGCAGGCACAUUGACGAGGAGGAGGCAAAAUUACCGUCUACUCUGAUUGUAAACUGGCCAGAGGGAUACGAAGUGAAGCAGAAUGAGAAAAGGCCGGCAGGGAAAACAGUGGGUGACAUCAAAGUCCAGAUAGCUAACAAGAAAGGCGAACUGAUCAGCAAGCUGCCUGGGACAGCUGCUGUGUCCAAGAAGCUCCUGGUCGAACUCAAGGUUGUGUGGCAUUCUGGCAGUGGCGAUGAAAUCAUGGUAUCCCACAUCAGUCAACACGGCAAGAACUGGCCGUACUGGUUCAGGAAGAUGGAGAACAUAAAGAAUCUGGGAGCCCAUACUUUAUCAUUACAAGUGGUACUGAAUGAGAGUGGAGCAAACACCUACGCUGGCAAGCCACUACCCUCACACAAGAUCAAGUUUCAUGUCACUGAGGCGGAGCCGGAGAAGUUCACAGUGGGGAUGUUAGACGGUCCGUUCAGAGUUGGAAUUCCAUUCCAGAUUCCCCUGGAGUUUCAGGACGAGUUCAACAACCACAGCAAACCUUCCAUCAAGUUUACCCCGCAACUGGAGGCCAGUGGGCUGGAGCUAAACUACGAGUCAACACAGGUGAAAGGUUUUAACCUGAUCAUCAAGGGGAUCGUGGCCAAAGGAACUGUGGCAGGCAGUGCUGGAAAGAGUUUCAUCAUGACCAUAAAAGUACCAGGACUGGAACAAGACAGUCAGACUCUCAAGAUCAGACUUUUACCAGGUCCGCCCCACAGUCUGUUUGUGGAUUGUGACGAGGAGCUAGAAAUAGAGAAUGGCAAGGCGGUGGCUUACAAUGUGGAAGUACGAGAUCAGGCCGGCAACCCAACGAGUGACGCCAAAUUAGUUGUCACAUGUAAGUUUGCUGGUGUGUCGGGCUUGCCUACCUAUGCAUUAGACUGCUCUGGGAGUGGCACUGGUACCCUGACUGGUGAUCCCAUCAACCUGAAACAGAUUAAGGACUUCCAGAAAAUCACAGCCUUGAUAGAGCUCCAGAAUCACAAGGAGGUUGGCAUAAUGGAGAGAACUAUAAAAGUGUUACCUAGCAACCGUGUUGCAAACAUCCAGGUACAGAUCAAGAAUGAGGAUGGCAAGACAACUACGCUGAAGUCUGGGGGUUCGAUAACUGGCCGAGCUGGCGACCACAUCAGCAACAUCAGUUUCUCGCUGUCAGAUGAAGCUGGAAGAAAAUUGGAACUAGAUGAAAAAUUAGCUUCAAAAAUAAAAGUUAACUGGGUUCAGAAGAUUCCGAGGGACACUGUUGUGGAGGGACAUCUACCGGACAUCAAAGUACCCGCAACCCUACAGGACACCAAAUACUGUCAAGUCACGGUACAGGACUCGUCCAAUAUAGACUUCUCCUUUACGGUCACGCCCACACCCACGGACCCUAACCAAAUCAAGUGUAAAUGUGGUGGUUCCAGUAAAAUUCGCAUUGGGGAGACACUUGAGGCGCCGAUCAUCGUCACUAUCAAGGACAAGUUUGGAAAUGAGAUCACAGACCUCCCCAAAAACACAUCUCAGGAGGUACAGGUCAGUGCGGAUGGCCUUAGGAGCAAUGAGGUCAAGGUGACAUAUUCCAAGGGAAAGUUCAGUAUACAGUCAGUGACACUAGAGGGAGGUAAGACCGGGACAAGAGACUUGAAAAUUACAUGGAGAGAAUUCCGAGAUUUUGUCAAAUUAGAAUUGACCGCUGGACCCCCCACAAAGCUAUCAUUACCUGGCUGGGAUGCUAACGAGACGGUGACUGUGCUGAACGAGAACAAACUUCCCCGCCCCCUCGUGGUACAGUUGAUAGAUGAAGGAGACAAUGAGGUUCAUAUGGCCGAUAUCAAGAUACAGCUGGCCAAGGAUCCCAAGAUUAAGUUUGUGCCGUUCCUGAUGCCGAAGAAGUCUAAUGAAAAUGGACAGGUAGAUUUCGGGACAGUGGCUGUUACAGGACAGAGAGGGAAAUAUGAGGUGGAACCGCGGGCAUUUGUUUCUGGUGAAACUAUUGUCGGCCCAAAGCUGACCAUUCUCAUUCAGCCUGAUAUGACGCGACCUGUUGAGAUGAAGAUUGAAUAUAACAAGAAAGCUAUGUUCCAGGUUGGAGAGAUGAUGCCAGAGUUCACAAUUCGAAUCCUUUCGGAGGAUGACCAGCCAAUGAAGGGAGCCAAGGCUACCUUUCUGUCUAUGAAGCUCUGGAAAAUGGAUGUGCGCACCCAGAACACCCCUCCCUCCCGGGCAGUGUCAUUCAGUCCAGAGGCAGUUAAACACAACCCUGGUGUUUUCCUUUUCAAAGAAAGGAAGAUCCCGGAGUUGUCCGGAAUACACAACAUCAUGAUAACGUACUACGAUGGCAGAUUCGAACUCUUCAGCAACGUGAUAACAGUGGAUGUGAAGCCAGGUGCUCCAGUAAAGCUUGGAUCCAUGGAACAGCCGGGCACACCUACCGUAUCCAACACGCACAACGCCGCAGCACGCUGUGUCAUACGGAGCCUCAAAGUCGACCUACGGGACGAAUUUGACAAUCCGGCAGGUUUAGGGUACAGUGGUAAAAUCAACUUGGAGAUAAUGGGCCCCCCUGGAGUCACUGAGAUACCGUCCUUUGUCGGGGGCAACAGAACGCUCCAGUUUACCCUGAACAACGGCCAGUGUGUGCUAUCUAAUCUAACCCUAGCAGAAAAUUCCGCCGGAAAAGAUGGUUACGAGUAUUUCCUCAAGUGUGUAGUGGACUGUGAUUUGAUUCCCCGUAAUAAAAGUAUUCCACCUCUGUGCAUUCCUUUCCUCUUCUACAACGAUGCCAAAAAACAGUCUCAGAUGACCUCGUUGUCACGACAGCGAGAUGACCUCCGUGCCGUUAUUAAAACCUACAAGUCCUUGUUUGAAACCACAGAACAACUAGUCAAGGAGCUCAAAAUCUCUGUACACGAAGCUCAAGUGGAAGAAAAUAAGAUCAGAGAAGAACUGCGAAAACAAAAGGUUCCUCUUGUCCAUUUGCAGAACUUAGCCAGUGUUGAUAAACUUCUAGAAGAAAAAACCAGGAGUCGUGAACAAGUCCGGACAGCUAAACGGAGAACAUGUGGUCUGGCAGAAGCUCCUCCAGACAAUGAGAUUCUUGGCAAGAUCGGUCACCUUGGCCAGAUAGAGGAUGAAGCUAUUGCUCGUGUGCUGUCCUGGCACAUGUCUGCUGAUAUGGACUGUGUUGUCACUCUAACCAACAAAAAGGCCAAAGAGGUGUAUGCACAGACCAACGGCAAACAGCAAGUUUUACCAAUUGACUCAAUAUUUAAGAAAAAUCUUCCAGAUUGGAGAAAACCUUUACCUCAUGUGAAAUACAAACCGAACUGGCAUCCCCGUGGUAACCCGAUGUAUGCCAGGAACCUUAUCAUAUUCCCACAGAAUGAAGAAAAAUGCAAGAUAGUGAUUGGAAUGCUGUUGGGCGACACCCUGAUCCUGGAUAAUUUAGACCAAGCUAACGAGUACAGACAGGAGCUGGUGAAAUACACACACUGCCCUACAAUCCUGACACGUCAGGGUGACAGGAUCCGUAGCAACGGGAAAUUUGGAGGUCUCAUGAACAAAGCUCUGUCUAUAGACAAACUACGAGGGGCUGUGUUUAGUGAACCUCUGCCAUUCACCUAUCACGAAUUAUCCAACCAAAUCGAUUUGCUCCAGAACUAUCGUGUUGGGAUGACAAAGUCGGGGAAGGCCAAGAGUGAGCUGGCAGAGCAGGUGGCCCACAUGAAGCUACCAGAGAUGCAGGAGAAAUAUAAAGAAUGUCGUGACACCGAAGUCGAGCUCAGAGACGUUGAACAAAAACUAGGUGUGACCAUGUCUACCCCAAGGAUUCCUGCAUCCGAGAGAGUCAAAACAAUGCGCCCACCUCCAAGCUCUGAUGAAGGUCCAUCAAUAUCCAAACGGCCGAAAACGGCUGGCAGCACUACACCGCAACCAACCAUUGCCAACGGAAGCACAACUCCAAGCUCUGCCUCCACCUCCAGUAUUCUGGGCACACCGACACGGAAAAGUGGUCGGCUAGCAUCCAUGUCUCCAGUCACGUCAGAAGAUGGCAAGAAACGAUUAAGAAGGACGUAGCACAGAUCAAACCAUUUAGCAAUGUUCGUAGAGUUUCUGUUCCGGUGGUAUUUGGGGAUUGUGUUCUCAUGUACUUAUUGUGGUCAUGCUAGUUUUUGAAUCUGAACAAGUUUAUUGCAGUUUAGAAAAUUCAAAUGUUUUAAUAAAUUGAUCUUAUGUUGGCCAGGAGAACAGACCAUUUGAUAUAACGGUAACAAUAACAGAACAUUUUUACGGAUUAGGGAAGGGUUGGUUUUUAUUUCUUAUCACUUUGUUGAAGGAGACUUAGGUAACUGAUAUUUAAUACUUAAUGUUUUCCACUGCACAUCUUCCAUGUUUUUGGUUAUUUGAUUAGUUAAAAUUAAAGAAUGAACCAGUUCUAACAAUUGUUUUGCCUAAUUAGGAUCUAGUGAUGUGGUCAACAAAAUUUUGAAAAAUAAAAAAUAAUUUUUAUCUUGCAAUCAGACUUUUUCAUAUUUCAGUUUUGUCCUUUUUGCUUUUCAACAUGAGAAAAAUCCAACAUGGGUGCUUUUAUUUUGAUCUCGGAAAACUUACAGUGUAAAGUUAAUAUCAGGAGGAUGGGCUACUUUUAACACUGCAGAAAUAUAUUAUGAAAGACACAAGGGUGAAAAUUGUGAGGAAAUAUAAUGGUUUAUAAAGCAGAGUUAUGUCCCUUCGCUCUACCAUGAAACCAUUGUUGCUGAGUUUUAAAGUGGACAGUUUCUUCUCGGAUUCUUUCUUUUUCAUUUGCUCAACAGUUCAAUGACACACUAUGUGGUAUGGUAAAAGGCUGGCUACCUGUUCAUUUUGUUAUCAACUCGGAGCUGAAUUGAGAACAAAAAUGUGGAGAGUAAAUGAAUAAAAUAAUAAACAAUAUUUCUAAAACUUAUUGGAUGGAUGUAUCAUGACUCAACUAUUGGGUCUGUCCAAAAGGGGUCAAAUGUUAAAUCAUUAUAUGUAUAAACUCAUUAACCCCUGAAAACACAUUUGAACUCUUCCAAUUUAAAGUUCCAAUUUAAAGGAUGGAAUAGUUGAUCAUGAAAUUUCAGGGGUGAAUGAGUUAAGGUAAUGUUCAGACCUAUUACUGAUGUGUCACAUUAACUCGGUCCCCCAAACCCCACCCCCUCUGUAAGUGGAUUCCGUAUUGGCAGAUCACAUUAACUCCAAAUGUGACAAGACUUACAACUGACACUUGUACAUCAACAUCAUCUAGUCUUUCAGGUUCGAGGCCUACGUGGAGCAGUCUCCAGGGACUGGCCCGGCUUUCCUCAAAACCUUGCACGUCCUUAAAUGACCAUAGCUGUUAAUAGGACAUAAAACACCAACAAACCACAUAGAUACUCUAACACCAUUUCAUACACAAUCAGGUAAUUCCGGCCACAUCUCUGUUAUACAGACCCCAUUAGCCUCUUAAGGAUAAAUGUAAUAUCGGAAUCUCAGGUAAUUUCAUAAUUAUUGAAGUUAAACUGAAAUCUUCUUGUUGUUUUUGAUUCACCAUCAUUUUGAGGUGGGGGGAAAAAUCAUUUGGAAUUACGAGGGGGAAAAUUGUUCAUGAAUUUUUUUUUAAUUCUUUAAAUUAGUUCUGUAAAUGAAUCCGGUGUUGACGCUCUUCAUAACAAGAGCCCAUGGUACGGUUAUAGAUAUAUUUGGCAGCUGUGAUAUCACUUCCACCUGUCUAUAUAAAUUACAACGGUGUUGAUAAUGCAUUUCACUUAUUGUACGUAUAUAUAUAUACACGAGUGUAAAAGAAAACGUCUAAAAGGAAGAUCACUAUCAAGGCAUGAUUUCAUUGUUUGAAUUAGAAAAAAGUUUAAAAUGAGUUUUCAAAAUGCUCAUAUCAGAUGUGAUGAGUUUGAGAUGAAGAAACUAAAAAGUUAAAAAAGUUACAGAUUAAUGUUACUUUGCUGAUGUGAAUUUAUAAUUAUUGGGUUCCUUUCAUCGGUAAGAAAUUGUGUGCAAUAAUCGGCUAUUAUUUAACCUUCCAUUACAAAUCUGUAUGUUAAUCAUUUGUUCCUCAUCAUGUGUUUGUCAGGAUUCAUUUGCAUCAAGCUUUAUAAGCAAAUUUCAAGUUAAAGGAUAGAUUGCACAACCUGUGAGUGAUUUGUAUUUAAGUUGUCUCCCUUGUGUUUCUCUGUUGGUGAGUUGUCUCCCUUGUGUUUCUCCGUCCGUGAGUUGUCUCCCUUGUGUUUCUCUGUUGGUGAGUUGUCUCCCUUCUGCUUCUCAGUCAGUGAGUUGUCUCCCUUAUGUUUUUUCAGUCAGUGAGUUGUCCGCCUUGUGUUUCUCAGCCGAUUUGAAAUGAGUAAAUACAGACUAAGGUGUGGCGUAACAUUAAUAGUAGAAAACUUAUCUGUGAUCUAUACUAAGCUCCAAUAUCACAAUUUCAUCAGAAUAUGCCAAACCUGGCUAAUCUGCAAGUGAAAUAACUGUAUACUGGGAAAUUUUUCGCUGCAGUAUAAUGUUUUUCGGAGUUAUCGUUAAAGUGAAAUAAUGAGUUUCAUCCUAGUUUUGUUUGAUUGUGCUCCUGAACAAGGUUUAUAUUGGGGUGUCCAAAAUGUCCCUACUGAUCACAAUUGUAAAGUGUUAAAAUUUAUUUAUCGGUUACAAUAAAACUUAUAUAUCGGUAGUUACUCUUGCAUGUCUUAUAGUUAAUUAAGCUAUCUACACUUGAGUACUGGAAUGUACAUCUCCUUGUGUAGGUGAUCUCAAAACCUGAUAUUGCCUGUUCGCAAAACCAUAACUAACCCAAAAUAUUUUUAAUUUUAUCCCGUAUUCUGUUUUGCUAAAUUCAAUGUCAUUUAUAUUAAGUCGAACUGGUGAUGAACUGAAGCAAUAAGACAUGACAGAUCAGACCAACUGUAAAUAAUGUAACUUAGAAAAUGGUAUACUCGGACGUUUUCGUGAAUUUAGCCUGAAAAGGUGAAUUUCUGGUCAAAGCGUAUGACAGAGGAAACAAUUUAGGUAAACUCAAACAAUUUUAAAUUAGGAACUUUAAUAUAAAGACAAUUUUAAAAAUGCUGCUCAGAUAAUCAGACUUUCCUUUUGACUCCAAUAACCAACUUCAAGCUGGAUUUCAUUCUGGCCAUGUUUACAUGAAAUCUAUUAAGAAUAAAUUUUGUCUUGUAGCCAAAAGUUGUCAAUUUCUAACUUCUUUCUAUUGACUUAAAAUACCACUGAUGAUUGCAACAGACAAAAUGACCAUCUGGUGUAGUAAAUUUUUUUACUUUGCUUGGCUAUAUACAUUGACUUGUAAAAGUUUUGAAAAGUUUUAAAUAAAUGCUUCCUUAACUCAUUCACCCCUGAAGACACAUUUGAACUCUUCCAAUUCAAUAGUUGGAGGAGUUCAUUAUGAAACUUCAGGGUUCAAUGAGUUAAUUCAUAUUUCUAGUUAUUAUUGUACCAUCAAAAACCAUUGCCAUUGUAUUUUGUGUUUGAUCCAUAUGAUGUCAUCCUUUUGAGUGUACACAAUUUAUAUGACAUCACAUUUGACAGUGAUCUCCGGUAACAGCUGUUGUCAUGGUGAUCUGAUGUACAAAUGAUGUCGGUGCAGAACAAUACAAAUAUGUCAUGCUGUCAAAAUGUAACAUUGUGUUAACUUCCUGUUAUUUUAGACUUGUGUUGGCUAUCAAUGUCAUCAAAUUUUAGUUUCAUUAAUUGUAUAUUUUAUAAAUUGAUAUAUAUAUAUAUGACAAUAAAAAUGUUGGAAAUUAC